UAUGACUCCCUAAUUAAAGGAGCAUGCAGCAGGCAGCGGUGGUGCUGAGAGGUUGAAGCGAAUUCAUCAAGAUAUUACAACAAUGGAUGCUUUGUCAGAAGCUUUGGCACGGGCAUAUGCGGACGCUGAGAUGACAGCGUUGACAACCGAAGAUGUGACUGAGCAAAACCGAGAUGCCAGCGAUGAAGUGGAACACCUUAGAAACAGUUUACGUGAGGCCGUCCACGAUGACAACGUGCGGCCUAAGAUGCAGUGCCUUAUGAUGGACUCAUCUUUCUCCAUGGUGACGAUGCAAGGCGAGGACAGCGGGAUCGAAUGGGAGACGACCCCCAGUCGGUGCUCCACGCCGUGGGCAUCUGAAGCUGGAAACCCCACUAUGGACUUCAGCUCUCCGGUUGCAGUACGGCCUGCAACACCUGGGUCUGUUCCAGCGGGAAAGAUUAUCUUUGUUAUGGACGAGGCGUUGAUUACAAGACGUAAGAAAAAUAAAGUGAGCGGUCAAAAGAGCAAGGCUGACAGACAACGAGAAGCCCUCGUACAGAGCUCUGAGAACGUCUCAGGAAGGCCGGAGUUGGUGGAAGUCUCACAGCCAAAUGUGAAAACCGAAGAAGUAGACGAGGUAGAACCAAAUGAUCCUCACGAAGAUAAAGAGCAACGACUAUUCCGCUUAGUCUCUGAGGGCUCUGAAAUCCUCAACAUUAUUGUUCCACCCAAAUUUGCUACUGUGGAUGAAGAGGAGAGCAAAGAAAUGGUUGACAACCUUUCUUAUCUCGAGGACAGCCUCGUUCCUAAAGCCAGUGAAGAAAGCCAUGAUUAUGAGCUGGUGAUUUCAACAACAGGAUCAGGUGCCGCAAGAGGUGACCAGGUCAAGCCCCCACCUUUAAAUGUAAUGGAUCCACCAGGGGCUCCGGUGCCCAGACCUCCUGGCAGAGGAGCUGUUGGCAAUGUGGACUAUUUCGAGCCAUUCACUCUGAUUGAUGCCCAAGCUCCAGGCAGUCCUGCCGUGGCCGCACAGGGACAGGUGGAACAAGAGGUAGAGGUUACAACUGAGAGCCAGGAGGCCAAGAAACUUGCUGAAGACAACACCACCACAACAACAACAACAACAAGUGUGGAUAAUGACAAGUCAGACACGAUCAGCCUAGAGGAAAUCACCUGUGAGCUUCUAGAUGAAGUCUUCUAUGGUGGUACAGACGACUACCUGAAAAGUCUGGACAGAGGCGACCAGGUAGCUAGUGGUGCACCUACAAGGCUCCCUUCAAAACCGAGCGGUUCAUCUUUGUUUGGUAGCCACGAGGACAUCCUGACUCCAAUCUUUCUACCAGAAGGACCUCCCAAAAUUAUUGACCCAAUUUUGCUGGAGGAGCCCAAAGCCAUGGCCUUCCUUUACACAGACCUGUACGAGGAAGCGAUCGGCUGUCGGCAAAAAGAAGAAGAUACGGAAAGUAUAACCUCUGAGAAGUCUUUCCACAGCAGGCAUUCAGACCGGGAGGCCAGGGGAUAUUUAGAGAAAUAUGUCCUUAUAGAUGAGACUCCUGCAGUGGAAGUGGAACCAACUGAAGAAGGAAGAUGCCCUGAGGAAAGUCCUCGGGUAUUGUCCGAAGAUUUGUAUGAUAUCGCCGAUAUGCUGUCCAAGCCUGAAAAGGGUGAGGUGCCAAACUCAGAGGAGGAAGUCACAGACUUCCUCAGGUCCAGCGGCAACUCUUCUCCAUGUGACAUAGAGCCUUUCGUUCGAACAUUUGAAGAGGAUGAACCCCAGCCGACAACAAAGAGUAAAGACAAGACAAACAAAAACGUCUCAAUCAAGGUAGAAAAACCCGCCGAAAUCCCUGAAGAUCCACUCAGCCUCUCAAGCUUAGAGUUCCCCCCUGAUUGGGGAAUUACAGAUGAUCAUCCCACAACCCUGGACGAGAAACACCAGCCUACACAUCGGGAUUUGUGGAAACAAGAUUCAGAAGAGCAAAAGCCAGUUCCCCCUCCGAGGAAAAAGGCAACAUCCUCUCCGAAGUCAUGUCUGGAUCUGACACCUCUGACUCCAGUUGACGUUGUCACAGAGGAAACAGAAGAGGCUGGUGUAAAGGAGCAGAGGGAGGAGGAGAAAGAGAAGGCAUCACCAGCAGAGACUGCCGAUGAAGGGGAUGGAAAUGGAGAGGAAACUAUGCAAACCUCCUCUAAUGUUGCUUUGUCUGAGGGUGUGUUGGCUGCAGUGGAGUCGCCACAGACUGAAAGUAGCAACGAAACAACCACAGUUGAGGGGAAAGACACUAAAACAGUAGAAGAAGAGAAAACAAGCGAGACUGACGCAGCUGCAAAACAAACUGAACCAGAAGUGGUCGAUGUAAAGUCAUCGGAAUCGGCUGAAACAGAGGCUUGUGCAGAGAAACAACGAGAACCAGCUAAAGAAAAAGGACAGUGUAUAAUACUUUAACCGAGCUACAAACAUGUUGCUUAUGUGCCCUGAUUUGAAGUCUUAAAAUGACAGUAGAAAUAGAUUACAAUCAACUGAGAUCAAUUCUUUAAACUUCACAGAUAAAGAGUGUGAACUCUUGUACAGCAGCAACCAAAAGUUUGGACACAACUUCUCAUUCAAUGGUUUUUCUUAAUGAAGACAUCGAAACUAUGAAGGAACAUAUAAUAAAAAGGUGUUAAAACAAACCGGAAUAUGUUUUAUAUUUUAGUGUCUUCAUAGUAGACAUAUUUUGCUUUGUUGAGCUUUGCACCCUCUUCUCAAUCAGCUUAAUGAGGUCGUCACCUUAGAAGAUUUUCAAUUAACAGAUACGCCUUAUCAAGAGUAAAUUUGUGGAUUUCUUGCCUUCUUCGUGUGUUUUAGACCACCUGAUCAGAUGCGUUGUUCAGAGGUAGAAGUACAGUCCAUUAUUACUUUAAGACAUGAAGGUCAGUCUUGAACAAAAGAACUUUAAUGUAUCCCCAAAGUCCUGAAACCUAUCAAACACUGUGAUAAAACUGGCUCUGGACACCGGAAAGGAAGAUCAAGAGUUACCUCUGCUGCAGAGAAGAUUAUCACAGUUUCCAGCCUGAGAAAACACAAAUUAACGGGACAGAGUUCAAGCGACACAUAUCAACAUCAGCUGUUCAGAGGGGGAGUGCGUCAAUCAGGCCUUCAUCGUCGAUAACUGGAAAGUAACCACAACGAAGGGAGACCAACAAGAAGAAGAGAAGUGCUUGGAAUGGACAUUAGACCAGAAGAAAUCUGGACUUUGGUCUAAUGAGUCCAAAUCUGAGAUAUUUGGUUCAAAACUAUCAAAGGUGUGAACGGGUGGUAUCUGCAUGUGUGGUUCCCAUCGUGAAACUUAGAAGAGCAGUAGUGGUAAUGGUGCUUUGCUGGUGAUUUAUUCAAAAUUCAAGGCACACUUAACCAACAAGCAUCUGGUUUGAGCUUAGUGGGACUAUCAGUUGUUUCUCAAAAUUACAAAGAUCCCAAAACUCCAGGCUAUGUAAGCAAUAUUUCACCAAAAAUCAGAGUGAUGCAUCACCCGGCUUCCAAAAUUACCCAACCUGAACCCACUUAAGAUGUUUUGGGAUGAGUCGGACUGCAACAAGUGCACAGGAUAUAUCGGAAUAACCUUUCCAGAUGGCCUUGAGAAAAGUGGCGACUUUAAAUAUAAAACGUAUUCUGGUUUGUCACAUAAUUCCAUGCGUUAAUUCAUAGUUUUGAUGUCUUCAGUGUUAAUCUAUAAUGUGGAAAAUAAUCAAAGAAAAACCAUUGAAUGAGAAGGUGUCCAAACUGUUGACUGCUGCUGUUUAUCUCAGUCUAGUUUUUAUAAUUUGUACCAGCCUGUACUCAUACUGCAUGAAUUCAAAAAAAUCACGUUUCCUUUGUUUCUCUCUGGUGUAGACUGGUGGCAUUAGUGCAUGAAUCCUGAAUCGUGUUUAAUGGGGAAGGUUUGGGGACAUGAGUGUGAAUAAAAAAUGGUGAUGGUGCAUGUGUCAGUGUUUGUGUGACGUUAGGGUGGAUCUUCAGCUAUAAAUAAGCCUCCUCGGCGGGUUAACCUGACACCUCGUCUCAAGUAGGAGUCUGUGUGCUAUGCAGCCUCUUGUAAACAGCCAGAAAAAUGUAAAAUGAUACGUGCAAAUGUGUAUUUUCACACCAUUUUUGACAGAUUACCUAUUACCUAUCACCCAUUUUACCGGUUAUUAUAUGAUCCACACCAAAUAUCAGUAAUUAUCACUCUGUAUUGAUGUUUUUUAGCCAAUAAAAAGGAGCUGUUUCUAGACUGGAUGGUGCGGUAUUUACCUGACCCAUGUGGCCAUUAAAUCGGGCAUAUAUUAAGCAUUAUUUGCAAGCAUAUUUUGCAAAUACUAGCCCCAUCUGGAGAAGUAAACGUGCAAAACAGGAUUGGUAUUUUGUUUUGGAGAGCAGUGUUUGUGUCUGUACUGGUCUGCCUGUUAUAAUCAGUUUAAAGAAAGAGCUCUGGUGACACUCAGUGUUACAAAGGAGCAUUGUUCUAAUUUCUAACUCUCAAAUCACCUUUUUUUCCUCCACAUCGACAGGUGGCAGCUGUGAGUUACAGCUCAACCAUCAGAAAUUUCCAAAACAAGUCUCAAGGCCAUAGAAGUACAGCAGAUAGAGUGGAUAUGUCAAUUCACAUAGAUAAUAAACAUAUUUGGGUUAAUUUCCUCACCUAAAUUAAGUCUUGUGAGGUAAACAAGUAUUAAAAUUAAGCAACUGAACAUUUUACAGAUAUGUGCCAAAUUAAGUCUCUUGAGUAAAACCUUUAUAUUAAAAUAAACUACUGGACUAACAAACAGGUGUUUCGGUUUAAGGAGUAGCCAUGUUAAGUGGUGACAGUCCAGGCGAAUGCGUCUGCGGUUUACAUAAAGUAACUGACAUAAAAUAGGACAUGAUCAUAAGGAAAGAAAUUGCUAUUAAAAUAAUCAGCUGCUUUCCUGGGCUAACGAACCGGUGUUUCGGUUUAACUCGUGACCAUGUUAACUGGUGACUGUCCACCAAAACAGCGAAAUAACAGACAUAAAAUUAUGCGGCUGAGCCUUGUAAAGCAAAGAAAUUGGCUACUAUCCUGGGCUAAUGAACCACCAGUGUUUGGGUUUAACCAACAACUGUGUUGACUGGCGACCGUCUGACAAAAUAACAAACAGGACAUAAAAUAAAGCUGUCUGUAAAUGCAAUUUAUUGAAUGUAUUUUUCUAGUGUUUACAGCUACUAAUGUGUGUAACACUGUUACAGUGAU